AUGAACCGAUCCACAAUGAAACUCUUGGCGAUUGCCUGCUUUCUCUCGGCCGCAACGCAUGCCUUUGUCACUCCCCAAAGGUCGCAUACCGCAGUGGUACCGACAUCUCUUUUUGCCAAGAAGAAGAAAUCAUCAGGUGGCAAAGGAUUCGGCACAAAGGAACCAAGUAGUACACCUCCCAAAUCUGGGCCAGUGGAACCUAUGAUGAUGGAACGCGAAGAUCCCAACGCAGCAACAACAACUUUUACGAGUGUGGAAGGUGGUUCCAAUGCCAUUCCCACCUUGGAAGAGGACCCCAAAUAUGCCAACAUGAGCCCUGAAGAACGUGCGUCGGCCAUUUUGCGAGAUCAAUACGGAAUGAGGACCCGAGCAGAACAACAAGAAGAAGCCAGGCGGGUAGAAGCUGCCAAGGAACAACGCAAGAAGUUGGAAGAUUGGAAGAAAAUGGCAGACGAAGGCAAAGAUUUUGACAUUAUGCAAGUCUUGCCCGCACCAGUCUUGAUUUUCAUUGAUCGCUUUCUAAAGGUCGGAGUGGCAAUUUGCACCGUUCUCUUUGUCUUGGCGGGUGUUGGAAUUACUUUUGAAGCUUGGAGUAAGGCAAGUAAUUCUCCUCUACCACCAGACAUUGACCGCUUCAUUGUGGAUGUGAUUGAACCCAACUUUACACCUGGUUUGGGAGUCCUUUUGGGAUUCUCCAUUAGUUUGGGUGCAUUCGCGGCAGCCCAAUUGAGUUCUGCUUCCGCCACGUACCGACAAGAUCGUUAG